AUGGCUUUCAAAUUCAUCGCCCUUCUCGCCCUGGUUGCAGCCGCUAACGCCGCUCUGCUUCCGGUUGCCGUCAAGCAUGUCGAAUACCACGAUGCUCCAGCCGAAUACCAAUUCUCGUACUCUGUCCACGAUGACCACACCGGAGAUAUCAAGAGCCAAACCGAGGAACGUCAUGGAGAUGUCGUGAAAGGACAGUACUCUCUGAUCGAUGCCGAUGGUCACAAACGCAUCGUUGACUACAGCGCCGAUGAUCACAGUGGAUUCAACGCUAUCGUGCACCGUGAACCUCUGGGACACAAAUUGGUCAAGACUAUUGUGCCAGUGGCCAAGACAAUUGUCGCUCCAAUUGCCCAUCAUUACGUUUCUCCGGUCGCUAAAGUCGUUGCCCCAGUCACUCAUCUCAGCUAUUCCAAUCCUAGCCUGAGCUAUCAUUAUUAA